UACUGAUCAGUGAUUACUGCAAUAUCCGAGGGGGUUUAAAGAGUCACGCGCACACGCGCACAAAUGCAGCGGCACAGGUUCACUGUUCCCUUUCAUUUUGAAACCGAUUAAGAAGUGGGAAACAAAUCCACCGUCGCUUCCCACGUCAUACACGACCAGAGACGGAGGAGAUACUAGUCGAAACCCUCUGGUAAUCGGAAAUGGUUAGCUCCAAAGACGACUCUUCUACCGACAGCGACAACUCCUCCGGCGACGUGCCCGACUCAAAACCUAGUGUCUACACCGAAGGCGAGAAGGUUCUCGCCUAUCAUGGCCCUCGCAUCUACGAAGCAAAGGUUCAAAAAGCAGAGCUAAGGAAGAAUGAAUGGAGAUACUUUGUUCAUUACCUUGGAUGGAACAAAAAUUGGGAUGAAUGGGUAGGCACUGACCGCUUGAUGAAGCACACGGAAGACAACGUCUUGAAGCAGCAGGCCCUGGACAAGAAGCAGGGCAUGGAAAAAAAUACUAAAUCUGGACGCUCAGCGCAGGCAAAGCCAAAAAGCUCAGCUGGUGUGUCUUCUCUAGAUGUUAAACUGGAUAAAGAAGACACUAAGAGCAAUGUUCCAAAAGGGAAAAAGCGCAAAGCCGACUCAGGCACUGAGAAGGGCAAUGUAUCUGCAGAGAAACUUGUGAAGAUUCAGAUUCCAUCUACUUUGAAGAAGCAACUGGUUGAUGAUUGGGAGUUCAUCACACAGCAAAAUAAGCUUGUGAAGCUCCCACGAUCUCCCACUGUUGAUGAUAUAUUGACUAAGUACCUUGAAUACCGAUCCAAAAAGGACGGGAUGAUGACUGAUUCAGUUGGGGAGAUACUGAAUGGAAUUCGAUGUUAUUUUGACAAAGCACUUCCCGUUAUUUUAUUGUACAAGAAGGAGCGCCAACAGUAUCAUGAAGCAGUUUCAGAUAAUGUCUCUCCAUCUAGUGUAUAUGGUGCUGAACAUCUGUUGCGUCUUUUUGUAAAGUUGCCUGAGUUACUUGCAUAUGUAAAAAUUGAAGAGGAGACAUUGAUUCGCUUGCAGCAGAAAUUGCUAGACUUUCUCAAGUUUUUGCAGAAAAACCAAGGUACUUUCUUCUUAUCUGCUUAUGAUGGUCCCAAAGCUCCUGAAGGAAGUGGUAAGGAUAAAGAAAGUUGACCUGUCUACCAAUUUAACCAUAGCCGGAAUGAGUCGCAUUAGAAGCAUGAGCAGUAUUUCUUAAACAUGCCAUAUGCUUACAGGUGAUGGCUCGCAAAUAUAGGCAAACUGUUUGUUGUUGUGUGUUGUGAUCUGUAACAGUAGAUCAUUCAUUUUUUUUUUCUGGAGUGCCAUUCAUUUUCGACUUAAACAGUCAGGUGAGCAACUUUAGAGAGGAAAGUCCUGCCUAUAACGAUAGUUUACUGAUUGUUGUUAAACUGUGUCCACCUGUAGAGUAGAGUGCCAUAAAAAACUGUAGAUGAUCCCUAGAUCUUGUACGUCACUUGCAAUUUAUAGCAGCCAAUGUACCAAUUAGUUUAACCAUAGCGUAGACUGAAAGGGGUUUGUUGCUAUUUUAGACUCAGAUUGGACUCUAACUUGACACUGAUGACGACAUAUGAUACUCUCGAAUGACUGUUAGAUCCUUUUUGCUGUUA